CAUUUAUUUGAGACCUUAAUACAGCCUUGGAAAUUCCAGUUUCAAUGACUGAAUUUUAUUUUACCUAAAUCAGAACUUUGGGGCUGAAAUUAUUUAGGUAUUGUGGUACCUAAAUAUUUACAUUGUAGUAAAUGGUAAGAAAUGCAUAUAGCAAAUUAAUUAUGGCAGAAUAUUAAAAGGUCACAAAGCGUGCACUUCUUUAUUUUUGUUUUUCCAGUGGAGAACUUCAUUACCAAAUUUAUUAAUUACCCACUACCUUUCCAUUACCAAUAAACAGGAAAUGUCCCACAGAUUCAUUGUAUUCCAAGACUAUAGGUCAUCUACAAUACAGUUUUUCAGUAGUUUUAUUUCACUCUUCAUCCUUUAAACAAUUUCUUCUAUUUCCAUUCCUAAUAGUGUUAUCUUACUGAAACUUGUUCAACAAAUUCACUCUUGUCUUACAGGCACAGUAUUAUUAAAGCACCAAAUCCACAGUUCUGAAAAGGCCAUCAAUGAACAUUUGAAGACCUAGACCACAUCCAUGAAAGCCUCUUAUUUUGACAUAAAAUUAAGUUUCUAGUUAUCUCAUGUUAAAACACCUUCAGUAUGAAGAGACACCAAGGCACAGGAUAAAAUUUUCCCAAAUCCCACAGAAUAAAUAAUCAGGACCAUAUUUUUUUCCUCCUCAGAGUCAUCUGCUGACAUAUCCUCAGUACAGGGCAGACAUGGCCUCUGGAGAUGCUGAGAUGGCCGUUUUUGGGGAGGCCGCUCCUUACCUCCGAAAAUCGGAAAAGGAGAGAAUUGCAGCCCAAAACAAACCUUUUGAUGCCAAGUCAUCUGUCUUCGUGGUUCAUCCUAAGGAAUCCUUUGUGAAAGGGACAGUCACAAGCAGGGAAGCAGGAAAAGUCACUGUCAAGACUGAAGGGGGAGAGCCAACGUGCUGUGUCCCUUCCUCACAGACCUACUCGGGUCUCUUCUGCGUCACUGUCAACCCCUACAAGUGGCUGCCGGUGUACAACCCCGAGGUGGUGUUGGCCUACCGAGGCAAGAAGCGCCAGGAGGCCCCUCCACACAUCUUCUCCAUCUCUGACAACGCCUAUCAGUUCAUGCUGACUGAUCGGGAGAACCAGUCCAUCCUGAUCACCGGAGAAUCCGGUGCUGGGAAGACUGUGAACACAAAGCGUGUCAUCCAGUACUUUGCAACAAUUGCAGCCAGUGGAGAGAAGAAGAAGGAAGAGAAGUCAUCAGGCAAAAUGCAGGGGACGCUUGAGGAUCAAAUCAUCAGCGCCAACCCACUGCUGGAGGCCUUUGGAAACGCCAAGACCGUGAGGAACGACAAUUCCUCACGCUUUGGCAAAUUCAUCAGAAUCCACUUUGGGGCCACAGGCAAACUGGCUUCUGCUGACAUUGAAACUUAUCUGCUGGAGAAGUCCAGAGUCACUUUCCAGCUCAAGGCGGAAAGGAGCUACCACAUCUUUUAUCAGAUCAUGUCCAACAAGAAGCCAGAGCUAAUCGAAAUGCUCCUCAUCACCACCAACCCAUUUGACUACCCUUUUGUGAGUCAAGGUGAGAUCACUGUUCCCAGCAUUGAUGACAAGGAGGAGCUGAUGGCGACAGAUAGUGCCAUUGACAUCCUGGGCUUCACUGCUGAUGAAAAGACAGCCAUCUACAAGCUGACAGGGGCUGUCAUGCACUAUGGGAACCUGAAGUUCAAGCAGAAACCAAGAGAGGAGCAAGCCGAGCCUGAAGGCACAGAAGUUGCUGACAAGGCUGCCUACCUGAUGGGGCUGAACUCAGCUGACAUGCUCAAGGCCCUCUGCUACCCCCGUGUCAAGGUGGGGAAUGAGUACGUGACCAAGGGCCAAACAGCACAGCAGGUGCACAAUGCUGUAGGUGCUCUAGCAAAGGCACUCUAUGAGAGAAUGUUCCUGUGGAUGGUUGUUCGUAUCAAUGAACAGCUGGACACGAAGCAGCCCAGGCAGUACUUCAUUGGUGUCCUGGACAUUGCUGGCUUUGAGAUCUUUGAUAUCAAGCCCUUGCUGAAGAGUGCAGAGUCUGAGAAGGAAAUGGCCAACAUGAAACAAGAGUUUGAGAAAACCAAGGAAGAGCUUGCAAAGUCUGAGGCAAAGCGGAAGGAGCUGGAGGAGAAAAUGGUGAAACUUGUCCAGGAGAAAAACGACCUGCAGCUCCAAGUACAGGCUGAAGCAGAUGCUUUGGCUGAUGCUGAGGAAAGGUGUGACCAGCUCAUCAAAACAAAAAUACAGCUGGAAGCCAAAGUUAAGGAGGUGACUGAAAGGGCAGAGGAUGAAGAGGAAAUUAAUGCUGAGCUGACAGCCAAGAAGAGGAAACUGGAGGAUGAAUGUUCAGAGCUGAAGAAAGAUAUUGAUGACCUUGAGCUAACACUGGCCAAGGUGGAGAAGGAAAAACAUGCCACCGAAAACAAGGUGAAAAACCUGACUGAAGAGAUGGCAGGGUUGGAUGAGACUAUUGUGAAGCUGACAAAAGAGAAGAAAGCCCUCCAAGAGGCCCAUCAGCAGACCCUGGAUGACCUGCAGGCAGAGGAGGACAAAGUCAAUACUCUGACCAAAGCCAAGACCAAGCUGGAACAUUUCCCUUGUGAUUUCUCUCAGCCCAUGGGCAUCUUCUCCAUCCUGGAAGAGGAGUGCAUGUUCCCCAAGGCAACUGACACCUCUUUCAAGAACAAGCUCUAUGACCAGCACCUGGGCAAGUCCAGCAACUUCCAAAAGCCAAAACCUACCAAAGGCAAGGUUGAGGCCCACUUCUCCCUGGUGCACUACGCUGGAACAGUGGACUACAACAUCACUGGCUGGCUGGAGAAGAACAAGGACCCUCUGAAUGAAACUGUCAUUGGGCUGUACCAGAAAUCAUCUGUGAAGACCCUGGCUUUACUCUUUGCCAACUAUGGUGGAGCAGAUGCAGCCGAGGCGAGUGGUGGUGGUGGCAAGAAGGGAGGCAAGAAGAAGGGCUCUUCCUUCCAGACCGUCUCAGCUCUUUUUCGGGAGAAUUUAAACAAGCUGAUGACCAACCUGAGAAGCACCCACCCCCAUUUUGUACGGUGCAUCAUCCCAAAUGAAACUAAAACACCUGGUGCCAUGGAGCACGAGCUGGUGCUGCACCAGCUGCGCUGUAACGGCGUGCUGGAAGGGAUCAGGAUUUGCAGGAAAGGAUUUCCCAACAGAGUCCUGUAUGCAGAUUUUAAACAGAGAUACAAAGUAUUAAAUGCCAGUGCUAUCCCAGAGGGACAGUUCAUUGACAGCAAGAAGGCUUGUGAGAAACUCCUUGGAUCAAUUGAUAUAGACCAUACUCAAUACAAAUUUGGUCACACUAAGGUGUUCUUCAAAGCUGGGCUGGUGGGACUCCUGGAGGAGAUGAGGGAUGAGAAGCUGGCACAGCUCAUCACCCGCACUCAGGCCAGGUGCAGGGGCUUCCUGGCGAGGGUGGCAUACCAGAAAAUGGUGGAAAGAAGGGAGUCCAUCUUCUGCAUCCAGUACAAGGAGAUUUCCGACCUGACGGAGCAGAUUGCGGAGCAAGGAAAGGCAAUUCAUGAACUGGAGAAAGUGAAGAAGCAGAUUGAGCAGGAGAAAUCUGAAAUCCAGGCUGCUCUGGAGGAAGCUGAGGCCUCCCUGGAACAUGAGGAGGGGAAGAUCCUGCGCCUGCAGCUUGAGCUCAACCAAGUGAAGGCUGAGAUUGACAGGAAGGUAGCAGAGAAAGAUGAGGAGAUUGACCAGCUGAAGAGAAAUCAUCUGAGAAUUGUGGAGUCCUUGCAGAGCACUCUGGAUGCUGAGAUUAGGAGCAGAAAUGAAGCCCUGAGGCUGAAGAAGAAGAUGGAGGGAGACCUGAAUGAGAUGGAGAUUCAGCUGAGCCAUGCCAACCGUGUGGCUGCAGAGACACAGAAAAACCUGAGAAACACACAGGGAGUGCUGAAGGACACCCAGAUCCAUCUGGAUGAUGCUCUCAGGACACAGGAUGACCUGAAGGAGCAGGUGGCCAUGGUGGAGCGCAGAGCAAACCUGCUGCAGGCUGAAAUUGAGGAGCUCCGGGCAGCCCUGGAGCAGACAGAGAGGUCGAGGAAAGUGGCUGAGCAGGAGCUUCUGGAUGCCACUGAACGAGUGCAGCUCCUCCACACCCAGAACACCAGCCUGAUCAACACCAAGAAGAAGCUGGAAACGGACAUUGCCCAGAUCCAGAGUGAAAUGGAGGACACCAUCCAGGAAGCCCGCAAUGCUGAGGAGAAGGCCAAGAAGGCCAUCACAGAUGUCCCUCCUGUUCUGCAGGCCCGCAUUGAGGAGCUGGAGGAGGAAAUUGAGGCAGAGCGAACCUCUCGUGCUAAAGCAGAGAAGCAUCGGGCUGACCUGUCCAGGGAGCUGGAGGAGAUCAGCGAGCGGCUGGAGGAAGCAGGAGGGGCCACAGCAGCUCAGGUUGAUAUGAACAAGAAGCGUGAGGCAGAGUUCCAGAAGAUGCGGCGGGACCUGGAAGAGGCCACGCUGCAGCACGAAGCCACGGCUGCCGCCCUGCGCAAGAAGCACGCGGACAGCACCGCUGAGCUGGGGGAGCAGAUCGACAACCUGCAACGUGUGAAGCAGAAGCUGGAGAAGGAGAAGAGUGAGAUGAAGAUGGAAAUUGAUGACUUGGCCAGUAAUAUAGAAUCUGUGUCUAAAGCCAAGGCAAAUCUGGAGAAGAUGUGCCGCACACUGGAAGACCAGCUGAGUGAAUAUAAAACAAAGGAGGAGCAGAAUCAGCGCAUGAUCAGUGAUCUUAGUGCUCAAAGAGCUCGUCUGCAAACAGAAUCUGGUGAAUAUGGACGCCAGGUGGAGGAAAAAGAUGCUUUAAUUUCUCAGCUGUCUAGAGGGAAACAGGCUUUCACCCAGCAGAUUGAAGAAUUGAAGCGGCAGCUAGAAGAAGAGAUAAAGGCCAAGAGUGCCCUGGCCCACGCCCUGCAGUCCGCUCGCCACGACUGUGACUUGCUCAGGGAACAAUAUGAGGAGGAGCAGGAGGCCAAGGGGGAGCUGCAGAGAGCCCUGUCCAAGGCCAACAGCGAGGUGGCUCAGUGGAGAACCAAAUACGAGACAGACGCCAUUCAGCGCACGGAGGAGCUCGAGGAGGCCAAGAAGAAGCUGGCCCAACGUCUGCAGGAUGCAGAGGAACAGGUUGAGGCUGUCAAUGCCAAAUGUGCCUCCCUGGAAAAGACAAAGCAGAGGCUGCAGAAUGAAGUGGAGGACCUGAUGAUUGAUGUGGAGAGAUCCAAUGCUGCCUGUGCUGCUCUGGAUAAGAAGGAUGCUGAGCAGAAGCGCAGCGCUGAAGCCGUGAAGGGCGUGCGCAAGUACGAGCGGAGGGUGAAGGAACUGACCUACCAGUCUGAGGAAGAUAGGAAGAAUAUUCUCAGGCUGCAGGAUCUGGUGGACAAGCUGCAAAUGAAAGUGAAAUCCUACAAGAGACAAUCUGAGGAAGCUGAGCAGCUGUCCAAUGUGAACCUCUCCAAGUUCCGCAAGAUCCAGCACGAGCUGGAGGAAGCCGAGGAGCGGGCUGACAUUGCAGAGUCACAGGUCAACAAGCUCCGAGCCAAGAGCCGGGACUUCCAUAGGAGGAUAGAAGAGGAAGAAUGAGAAUGUCACAAGGCACAAAGUGUCCCGAGGACUGCACAAAAUGUGAACCUCUUGGUCACUUUCCUUCUGCCAUGAGUCUUUGUACCCACCUCAGUGUCUAGUGAAUAAAGACUGUAGUAGCUUCCUCUGCAUACAUGCUAUGAACAA